AUGCAUAUCUACCGCCGCCAGGCACGUAAACUCGCUUGGUACGACCAAGAUGGGGAGCCAUCCUCAGCCAACCCCUUCAAGAAAUUCCGCCCACGCCCUCGCCGCACUGCCUCUAUCCAGUUGGAGGAGCAGCUCCCACACUCCCAGAGCCUGGGUGACCUGAGUCUCUCCAACGAUCAGCGUCGCCGUGCAGACUUCAAUGGCGACCUCCAAGGCCCCGCCUAUGCAGACACAUUCCCGCCCGAAUCGGGCAGCUACGGGCCCGCGCCGUCGCACCGCAGCGAAGAUCCCAUCAACGAUAUCAAUAAUGACACCGCGAAUAUGUCAACAGCACGAGGUCUAGACCUUGAAUCCGAGAUCGAAGGAAACGUCAACGGGAGCGGGAGCCAGCCACGGCAGCGCAAGGGAUUCUUCGGCAAGUUCGGCCGCAAGAAGACGGAAGAAGAGGCACCGGCCUCGCAACCCGAUAAGGAGAAGCUGGUGGACGGCCCCAAGUUCACGGUCGCGAGCCAGAUCCGCGCGACGCUGCUCAACUCCUGGAUCAAUGUCCUCUUCGUGGCAGCGCCGGUGGGUAUUGCGCUCCACGUGGUGAAGGCAAACGCGAUCGCCAUCUUCGUGGUCAACUUCAUCGCGAUCAUCCCGCUGGCCGCGAUGCUGAGCUACGCGACGGAGGAAAUUGCGAUGCGCACAGGCGAAACGAUUGGUGGGCUGUUGAACGCGUCGUUCGGUAACGCGGUCGAGCUUAUUGUUGCCAUCAUCGCGCUGGUUAAGAAGGAGGUGCUUAUCGUGCAGACGUCGCUGAUUGGCAGUAUGUUGUCGAACUUGCUGCUGGUCAUGGGCAUGUGUUUCUUCUUUGGCGGUGUGAAUCGCGUCGAACAGCAUUUCAAUGUUGUGGUUGCGCAGACGGCGGCUAGUUUGUUGGCGCUUGCUGUGGCCAGUUUGAUUAUUCCGACUGCGUUCCAUACGUGGUCCGAUGGGAAUAAGGAGAAUAUUGCACCUGUGUCAAGAGGCACAUCCGUCCUUCUCCUCAUCACCUACGGCUGCUACCUCUUCUUCCAGUUGAAAUCCCACACAGAUAUGUACAACGAGCCCUCGAAGAAAGUCGAAAAGCGUUCCAAGAAGGGCGGCGACGCUACGCGCGGCAUCGCGCAGAUCGGCAAGAUGACUGCGCGCACGAUGGGCGGCUCCAACGCCCAGGAACUCAAUCUGCAAGAUCCCGACGACGAGCCCGAGCAGCCGCAGCUGUCGCUUCUGGUUGCCAUGCUGACACUGGGCCUUUCGACUGCGCUGGUGGCCGUGUGUGCGGAGUUCAUGGUUGACUCCAUCGAUGCGCUGACGGCGACGGGCGAUAUUAGUGAGACCUUUGUUGGAUUGAUUCUGUUGCCUAUCGUGGGCAAUGCGGCGGAGCAUGCUACGGCUGUUACAGUCGCGUGCAAGGACAAGAUGGAUCUGGCGAUUGGCGUGGCGGUUGGCUCGAGUAUGCAGAUUGCGUUGCUGGUCCUGCCGUUCAUUGUGGUUUUGGGUUGGAUUAUGGGGAUUGAUGACAUGAAUUUGAACUUCGACAGUUUCGAGAUCAUCCUGCUCUUUGUGUCUGUUCUUUUGGUUAAUUACCUCAUCGGGGACGGCAAAUCUCACUGGCUUGAGGGCGUCCUGCUCAUGAUGAUGUAUCUGAUUAUCGCCCUCGCUGCUUGGUUCUUCUAG